GUUUUGAUGUAGCGCUAGCGUAGAAACAGACGCAGCCGGAUCCGGGUCCGGGAAGGGGAUCGGGCGGCGGCAACAACAUGGCUUUCCAAGAGUGCUGGGAGGAGUGGGAGCACCUGGACAAGGAUUACCAGAUGUUGCAGGAAACACACAAGCUUUACAAGCAGCAGUUAGAAGAGGUCAUCAAACUUCAGAAUACCUGCCUCACUUCCAUUGAACGCCAGAAGAAGAAAUACAAGGAACUCGCCAACAAUCUUCAACGAUGUGAGCCAUUGGACAGUGAAGAGCAUUCGAGAGAGACUGAGUUCAUGAAGGAAUUGAUGAAGGAAAGACAAAACAUCUUCUUUGAAAUGGAAGCUUUCCUCCCAAAGAGAAAUGGGUUGUACUUGACUCUGGUAUUGGGAAACGUCAAUGUCACCCUGCUCAGCAAGCAGGCCAAGUUUGCGUACAAGGAUGAGUAUGAAAAAUUCAAGCUCUUUCUCACCAUCAUCCUUCUGCUCAUCUCCUUCAGCUGCAGGUUCCUGCUCAAUUCCAGGGUGGCAGAUUCAGUGUUCAACUUCCUGUUGGUGUGGUACUACUGUACGUUGACAAUCAGGGAGAGCAUCCUCAUUAACAAUGGAUCGAGGAUUAAAGGCUGGUGGGUGAUUCACCAUUACAUUUCGGCAUUCCUCUCGGGGGUCAUGUUAACCUGGCCCGACUCGAAGAUGUACCAGCUCUUUCGAAACCAGUUUCUCUCAUUUUCCAUGUACCAGAGUUUUGUCCAGUUUCUGCAGUAUUAUUAUCAGAGUGGCUGUUCAUACAGACUGGCGAGCGCUUGGGAGAAAGACACACACCAGGGUGACCUUACUGGGGUGAAAGGUUUCCAGUCAUGGAUGUGGAGAGGCCUCACCUUUCUCCUCCCAUUCCUGUUCUUUGGCCACUUCUGGCAGUUAUUUAACGCAAUCACCUUGUUCAAGCUAUCAGACCACCCGGAAUGUAAAGAAUGGCAGGUUUCCAUGUGUGGCAUUACAUUUCUCAUUCUCUUCCUUGGAAAUUUCCUCACAACCGUUCGUGUCAUCUACCAAAAGCAGAAGCAGAGGGAGAAUAAAAACAAAGAGUUGUGAGGCACGACAGCGAGCUGCUCCAGUUAUGGUUCCACUCCGGUGAAAUGUGACUGUUUAAAGUACCGUGUGGCUUUUCACCUUCACUGACCUCCGUCCAUUCUAGCCAGAUCACCACUAAUCAUGAACUGUCAGUGUGUGUGUGUUCGGGGACAUGUCAAUUCAAGAACUGACUUGUGUUUAAAUGAUCACCCAAUAAAUUUGUACAGGCCCGCUGAAGCAUACAUCAGAAGUGCGGUCCAGUGUUUCUGCUGCACUACUGACAGCUAUAUUGGUGGGGACACGAUGUGGCUCGACUGCGGCAGCAAUGUUUUUAACUGUUCUAUGUCUAUUACAAUUUUGAUUUCCACACACACACACACGCAUUGAAGUGUGAAGGUCAGAUCAUAGAUCUCCAGGCUCUCCUUCAGCCCAUCAACAUGGCCCUGGUGUGUUGAGGAGAGGGGCUGGAUGCAUCUGAUGAAGUUUACAUUGGGGAUGGCCAUGCUCAUGUUUAAUGGUGUUGCUGUGGACAAGAAUAAGUGCUCAUUGAAAACCAAACCAAAGUUUUUGAAUAAAGUAUAAUUAAUUU